AUGGUAACUGCAAAGUGGGCAAGUAGAGUACUGUUAGAAAACAUUAGAGCUACUAAUGAUAUAUAUGGUAAGGCUUUGAAUGCUUUGUUAUGGAAUAGAUACAAUGUGCAAAUGGCUACUAGUACUUUGUAUCGCGUCAGAGCAAGGGCUUUAAUAGAGAUACAUGGUGGCUUUGAUGAAUCUUAUGCAUUUUUUCCUGGUUAUUGUGAGAUGAUUAGGAGAACUAACCCUGGUUCAUAUGCUACUUGUGUAUGGAAUCCAGCAACUCAUGUUGACAGGCCAUUGGCUUUUGUCACAAUCUUCAUUUCUUUUAAGCCUUAUGGGAACAAUGAGUUGUUUCCAUUUGCAUGGGGAAUUGUGUCUACUGAAGAUUCAGAUACAUGGAGCUUUUUUGUUCAUCAUUUGAGAAAUCUACUAAGAGCAACUGGAAGAGGAGAUAACUGGUGCAUUACUCAGAUAGGCAAAAGGUAUACUUCUGGUAUUGAAGCUGCACUUGACAAGGUCUGGCCAGAUGUUGAUAGGAGAUACUGCACCAAACAUUUGGCUUCCAAUUGGAAGAAAGCAUUUCCAGGUCCACUAAUUCUCUCUCUGUUUUGGAAAGCAUGUGGUGCCUAUUCAGAAUUUACCUUUAAGAAAGCAAUGGAGCAAAUGGACAAGGUUGGAAAAGGAGGAAAAUUGUGGCUUGCAAAGCUUGGAGAACAAUCUAGGUGGACAAAGCAUAAGUUCAACACUGCAACAAAGUGUGACUCUAAUAAGUCAAACUUUGUUGAGAGUUUUAAUGCCACUCUUGGCAUUGACAGAUGUAAACCAGUCCUUACACUUUUAGAAGGUAUUAGAAGAAAUACCAUGGUUAGAUUGGCAACAAGAAGGCAAAAGUGUGAGGAGUGGAGCAGGACUGACAUCUGUCCAAACAUAGUGCAAAGGGUUCAUAAGCUAUGUCAGAACUCAAAAACUUGCCACUCUUACUUGUCUUCUGCCGGUGAGUUUGAGGUCUUUGAGGGUAAGUCAUAUCUUGCUGUAAGCUUGAAUAAGAAAACAUGUGCUUGUGGUCAAUGGCAAAUUUCUGGAAUUCCAUGCAGACAUGGAAUGAGGGCUAUAUUAGAUUCAAAGCUUGACCCUCAUGCAUUUGUGGAUGAGUGGUUUUCUGUCAAAAGGUACAAGGCAGCCUAUGCAAAUGGGAUUAAGUCCAUACCUGAUGCUCAAAAGUGGCCUGAGUUCAAUGUGCCAAAGAUAAUGCCACCUGAGUUAAAAAGAGGAAUUGGGAGACCUUGCAGAAACAGAAAGAAAGAUGAUACAGAGGAAAGGAAGGGAAAGAGAGCUAAGACUGUUAGGUGCAGCAAGUGUCAAGAUUAUGUCCAUAAUGCUCAGACUUGUAAGGGAGGAGCUACUGCAAAGCAAAAAUGGGGUGGAAAGAAAAAGAACACAAAAAAGGAUGCAUCGUCUCAGGCUACUAAUGUUCAGCUUAAUCCUUCUCCACCUAGAAACACCAGACAAAGUGCAAGGUUGGUUGCAUCUCAACCACAACCAUCUAUAGUCGCUAGAUGGGGAGCUAUUUGUAACUUUGCAUCACAACCAAGAAAAGUGCAAUAA